AUGUGUCAAGGACCAAUGCACGAGUUCCUCAAGGCUCUGCCCAAGUGCGAGCAUCAUAUGCAUCUUGAAGGCUCUCUCGAACCACCUCUCCUCUUCGAACUCGCAUCUCGCAACAACAUCUCCCUCCCACACCCGACUGUCGACCCAGCCUUCGAAUCCAUCUCGACCCUCGUCGCCCGCUACCGCCGCUUCAGCUCCCUGGACGACUUCCUCCAGUACUACUUCAUCGGCAUGUCCGUGCUCAUCACGUCUUCUGACUUCGAGGCCCUAGCUUACGAGUACUUCACCCGCGCCCGCUCGGAUGGCGUCGUACAUGCCGAAGUCUUCUUCGACCCCCAAGCCCACACGUCGCGGGGUGUCGCGUACUCCACGAUCCUCGAGGGCUUCACGUCCGCCCAGCGCCGGGCGAAUGCUGACUUCGGUAUCACGUCUGAACUUAUCAUGUGUAUUUUGCGCCAUUUUCCCGCACAGGACGGCGACGCUAUGUACCGUGCAGCAAUCUCCGACUUGGAGUCCGGCGUCGUUAAGGGUCUGGGGCUCUCGAGUACGGAAAAAGGGAAUCCGCCACACCUGUACAAGGACACGUACGCGGACGCAAAGAAGCGCGGGUUCAACCUGACUGCCCAUGCCGGCGAAGAGGCUGGUGUCGACUAUAUGGCGUCGGCCCUACACGAUUUGCACCUCACACGCGUGGACCAUGGGAUCAAAUUGCCGCAGGACCCCAAUGUCAUGGCUGAGUUUGCACAGAAGGGUAUAAUGGUGACGAUGUGUCCGUUGUCGAAUGUUGAAUUGCGCUGCGUGAGCAAAGUGGCAGAGUUACCGGUCCGCACGUACCUUGAGCAGGGGGUGCCAUUUAGUAUAAACUCGGAUGACCCGGCGUAUUUUGGCGGGUAUAUUUUGGAUAAUUUCUGUGCGGUACAAGAUGCGUUUGCACUGAAAGUGGAGGAGUGGGAGAGAUUGAUGAGGAAUAGUAUUAAGGGAAGCUGGUGCAGUGAGGAACGGAAGGGAAUGAUUGAAAAGGCGUUGAAAGAGGUCGUAGAGAGAUUUCGUUAG